CUUCCAUCCGCUCUCGUUGGUUUUGUCCCAUGCGGGCCAUAGCGACGGCAGGCGCACGGAGGGAAGAUGGCGGCUCCGGGCCCUGCAUUGCUGUCGGCUCUGUGAGCAUAGCGCUUGCUUCUUUCUGUUUCCCCCUUCACGCUCUUUCACCCCGUCUCUCCUUGUUGCCCUCCGCCUCGUCUUCUCUGCCAGGGGCGUAGGGACCAUGUCGGACUCGGAGGAGGAGGAGAGUCCGGACCGACAGCUCAAGCUAGUGUUGCUGGGGGACGGCACCACUGGCAAGACAUCCUUAGCCACGCGUUUUGCCCAAGAAACGUUUGGAAAACAGUACAAGCAAACCAUAGGACUGGACUUCUUCCUGAAAAGCAUAAUGCUGCCAGGCAAUGCAAAUGUUACUCUUCAAGUGUGGGACGUAGGGGGACAAACAAUAGGAGGCAAAAUGCUGGAUAAAUAUAUUUAUGGAGCUCAGGGUAUUCUCUUGGUUUAUGAUAUUACCAACAGCCAGAGCUUUGAAAAUUUAGAAGACUGGCAUAAUGUGGUAAAAAAAGUGAAUGAAGAAUCAGAAACACAGCCACUUGUGGCCUUGGUUGGAAAUAAAAUUGACUUGGAGCAUAUGCGCACAGUGAAAGUCGACAAGCACCAGCGAUUCUGUCAGGAAAACAAUUUCAGUAGCCAUUUCGUCUCAGCCAAGACAGGAGAUUCUGUCUUCCUGUGUUUUCAGAGAAUUGCUGCUGACAUACUUGGCAUCAAAUUAAACAAAGCAGAACUGGAACAAUCACAGAGAGUGGUGAAGGCAGAUAUUGUCAACUACAGUCAGGAGCCCGUGACAAGAACCGUUAAUCCUCCUAGAAGCUCCAUGUGUGCGGUCCAAUGACUGUGCUGCUCUUCUCUGUUUUGAUACCUUCAGCAGUCCUCCUUCCUUGACACAGGCUCUGGGAUUCCCUGGAACUUUAUUUUAAUAGUGACCUUCGCAGCAGUGCAAUUAGAGGUUUCCAAAGCGUGUUGCACCCUUGUACCUUGAGAAGCAGCAAGGCAGUUUUUUUGACUGGCUGAAAUUCAAACAUGAGGCCACACACCUCAAAAAAAAUUCAGAUCUAUAUUCUUUUAAAUUAUAUUUAAAUAAAGCAGUGUAACUGUUUUUAUAUGUUUCCUCCUAUCUGAUUGAUUCCUGGGAUAAAAGCUGAAUGAAGAAGUCCUGCAUUCAGAAUACUUUUAAAGACAUCACCGUGGAAGGGUAUUUUGCCAAAGCACAUAAAGAAAAAAGAAUACUUUUUGUUUUCCACCCCUCCUGUGAUAUGAACUGGCGCUCAGCAAAAUGUAACCUGGAAGAGCUAGUGGUGGAACAAUUCAAAGCACAGAAACUAUUUUAUCUGGGUAUAAUUUGGAAAGUAUUCCAUUAAUAUAUAUAUAUACACACACAGAGUGCAAAAUGUUUAAAUUGUAUCCAGUAAAGAACAGCACUUGAAAUAAAGUGUAAGAUAAAAACAGUUACUUUUCUCAAGUCUCAGGUUGUCUCCAUGAAUGUUCUGAAAAAUGCUAGUGGUUUUGUGUAUUUCUUUAUUACCACAUCAGCAUUACUUUUGCACUGGUAGAUGUGCUCAUGUCUUCAUGAAUAUAGAUGAACUUCAGUCAACAGUUUGGGUUGUAUAUGUUGAGUGAUGUAUUCAACAUGCAUUAGAAACUGUUGAUGGAUCAACUAGGAUCAGUUGUUUUUAAUAACUGAAGGACUUAGCCUGGUACUCUUUCUAGUUCAGACUAAAUGACAAAUAAAAAGCUGUCUGCUCUGUGGUCAUCACAUUGCUCUGCUCCUUUUCUAGCAGUCUCUUUUAGGCCUGAAGUUC